GCACUAGCAAUAAGGUUUUACAUAUAUCGUGGCGCAGAGUCACCAAAUUGGAACAUCAUUUGUUGCUGCUCUUACAAAACGAGACUUAUUCAUUGCCCAUUUGAGAAGACAAAAAAUGGGAAGAGAUAGUUGUCUAGCAAGAGUUACUGCUGGUGUUGCUGUUGGCGGCGCUGUUGGUGGCGCUGUUGGUGCUGUAUAUGGGACUUAUGAGGCUGUUAGGUUCAAGGUGCCUGGCCUUCUGAAAAUCAGAUACAUUGGACAAACUACAUUGGGAAGUGCAGCCAUUUUUGGUCUCUUCUUGGGUGCUGGAAGCUUGAUACACUGUGGAAAGUCUUACUAAGCAUAUCUUUGCUAGCUGAGUUGAACUUUUUUAGCGUGGAAUUGAAUUAUUGUCAUCAGAAUUACAUGCUUGUGCAAUUCCAAUAUAUUUAAGUAAAGUGGUGAUGUUUGAAUUGGUGAUUCAAUAUUGAGUUUUUCUCU